AUGGCUCCCCAAGUGACCAACGUCGGCUUUAUCGGCCUCUCAUCCGGACCCGAAUGGUCCUGGGCCGUCGCCGCUCACCUCCCCUACUUCACCCACUCCAAAACCUACACCCUCGCCGCCCUCCAAAACAGCUCCAAAGAAACAGCCCAGAAAGCAAUACAACUCCACAACCUUCCCCAGGACACCAAAGCCUACGGCGACAUCGACGCCCUCGUCGCAGACCCGGACGUCGUCGACCUCGUCGCCGUGACGAUCAAAGUCCACCUCCACGCCGCGGCCGUCGAAGCCGCCAUCCGCGCCGGCAAACGCGCCGCAGAGCGUCUUACGUCCCUGGCCAAAGAACGAAACGUCAGGACCUUGGUGGGCUUGCAAGGGCGUCAGGACCCGGCUACCCUCAAGGCCAAGGAGCUCGUUGAGCAAGGGGCGCUGGGGGAUAUCUUGCAGACGACGAUGUUGUUUACGAGUCCCUGGUUCGGGGCUACGUUCCCCGAAGCGGCGGUGUACGGCGCCGAUAUCUCGAAUGGUGCGAAUCUGGUAUCCAUCUCGGCGGGCCACGCUCUGGACGCGCUGUGUUUUGUUCUGUGCGAGUUGAGGGGGAUACAGGCCACGUUGGCGAAUAACCGGCCCCGGGUGGUCGUCACCGACGGCGAGGGGAAGUCAAAGGGUGAGACUAAGAAGACGGCGCACGAUCACCUCUCUGUGGUGGGGAGGCUUCCCGGCGGCGGGGUGGCGACGGCGAUUUGCCAGGGGGGUAUGAGCCAGGUCGACAAGGAUUCCUUUUGGGAAAUUACGGGCAUCAAGGGGACGAUUCUGAUUGAGGGUCCCAUGGGGAAUAUUCAGGGGUUUCCGCCGACGAUCAAGUUUGUCAAGGCUGAGCCGGGCGCUGUGUUGGAGGUUGUGGAGGUGGAUGAGGUCAAGGGGCCUUCAGAUAAUACUGGUAAGGCUUGGGAGGCGUUUGUGGGGGGACCUGGGGAGGCGCCGGAUUUUGAGGUUGCGCUGACUAGGCAUCGUAUGUUGGAUGCUAUCUAUAAGAGUAAUGAGCUGGGUACGAGAGAGGAGGACUGGUAA